AUGGAACUGCUGAAAUCUGUGAGGAGUGCUGCUGAGCAAGCAGCAUCGCGAGUGAGCCACAAUCUUCCGGCUUUCCGGCCUCUGCCGCAAGACGACAGCUCAAACCAUGCGAGUUCAGCCAUUCCUGACAACCCCGAUGAAUGCAGGCAGUGCCGCUGUACCUUCGGCGUCUUCAACCCUCGAUUGGCAUGUCCAUUCUGUGACCACGUGAGCAGAGGCCAAGACACACACACCGUUUGAGAGAUGCUGCCUGACAUUGCUGCUGUGUGUUUUCUCUCUCCCUGUAGUUCUAUUGUGGGCGCCACUAUGGUCCAGGAAGGGCUCUCAUCAAGUGCAUUCAGGACAGGGGCUGCAAACAGUGUGCUGACCGGGCGGCGAUAAGGGCUUCCUUCUUUUCCUCGACGCUGCCUGUGUUGGAGGCGGGAACGACCUGCAUGCUCCAUCGCCAGCGGCCCGUCGCCGUGUGGAUAUCGCUCGACACGCCAUCAGCUGAGGUGCAGCUGCGUCAUGUUCGCACAGGUGACACAGUGCUCUUUCGUCCUCUUGCUGGUUGCUUUUGUCGACCAGGUCCGGUGGCGGACGAUGGAAAUGCGAAGCAUGAAGCCUGUCGAAAGCGGAGCAGUUCACCUCUCACACAUAUCGCGGAUCGACGACACCUACAGUGAGCCAACAGGGAGAAGGGGAUAGGAUAGCGCUGGAGAGCGGCCGUCUGUUUCUGUUGAUUUCAUUGGGUUCUCAGCGUCGCCGAACAGUAUGGUGAUCAACAGCAAGACUGGCGCGCCACUGCCACUGGAGUUCACCUCAUAUGGUGACUGGAAGGACUGGCUGGAGGUGAGAGCGGUGUAGCUUAGCUAGCCAUACCGCAUGUGCUCCAUCCAGUCCGGUGCAUGUUAUUCCCUUGACACGUUUCAGGGUGUGAGGCUUGCUGUCGAGUUGCUGGUGCCUGAGCAGGAGAAGCAGCAAAUCGAGGUAGGUAUUCAGGGUUGCACUGCAUACGACGCAGGCGUGCUCUCCAUGCACUUCGUUAUGCUGUGUGCCCCUGUCCGUCCGUCCAGGCGUCUCGUCAGCGUGCGCGUGAGGACGGACUGGAGGAGAGGCAAAGGGAAAGGGAAGAGCGCAAGAAGAAAUAUCUGGCCACAGGUCAGUCAGAACGCAUACACGCAUGCUUCAGCAAUUGCAAGAAAGCUAGGGGGAAAGAAUGGUCGGUUGGUUGGUUGGCUGCACUGCAUGCAGGGAUGGGUAUGCGGUUCACAGCUGAGGCUAUGGCCCAGCGAGGAGCAUCGUGA